AUGACCAACAAAACAUGUCACAAAUGGACAAAUAUUUUAGUAAACAAAUAUUUUGAUGAAUUCACAAUUGAAGAGAGAGGUGGAAAGAGAGGUGAUUCGUUUUGUGAUUGUUAUCCAGAUCUAGAAUUAGAAGCAAAGCAAUUUGUUUUUGAACAAUGUUCAAAAAUAGAAGCAACAUUUACAGCCGGAACUUUGGCAAUAUUCAUUGAUAAUCGUUUUUAUGAAUUAAAUAAUCUGAAGAAAGUCGAUCAACGAUUAGUCAGAUCAGUCAAAAGUUGUAAAUUAGAUUUACGUCAAUUUGGUGCAAAAUUCACAGUAAAUUCAAGUCAGCCCAUAUUUUCUUGGACAUGA